GCCCCACCUCUUAUGCUUCCACCCCUCCUUUUCUCCUCCUCCCUCACAGUUAGUGGCUUGAAAACUUUUUAAAAGCUCUUGCAGCACUUCAAGUUAGGAUGAAAAAGGGGUUUUUGUUUUGUUUAGUUUUUUAAAUGAGUCCUCAGCACUUUUCUUUCAGGAAAGGGGGAAGGAAAGGACGUCACAAGACAAAAGAGCAGGGGACUUUUAAAGUUUAAAUAGGCAGGUUGGGUGCCUGAAGAAGUUUCUGCCUUUUGAGUUUUAACCCCUCUGAGGAACUUUGUUUGACUUUCUUCACUGCUGACAAGCAAGGUAGCAGGCAGUGAAGAUGGGUGACUGGAGUGCUCUGGGGAGGCUCCUUGACAAAGUCCAAGCCUAUUCCACCGCAGGAGGAAAGGUGUGGCUUUCUGUCCUUUUCAUUUUCCGAAUCUUGCUGCUGGGGACAGCCGUGGAGUCUGCUUGGGGAGACGAGCAGUCAGCAUUCCGGUGCAACACCCAACAGCCUGGUUGCGAAAACGUCUGCUACGACAAGUCGUUUCCCAUCUCCCAUGUGCGCUUCUGGGUCCUGCAGUUUAUUUUUGUGUCCGUGCCAACCCUCAUGUACUUGGCACACGUAUUCUACGUGAUGCGGAAGGAAGAGAAGCUAAACAGGAGAGAAGAAGAGCUCAAGGUGGUGCAAAGUGAAGGGGUCAAUGUAGACCUCCCCCUGAAGCAAAUAGAAAUCAGGAAAUUCAAGUAUGGGAUUGAAGAGCAUGGCAAAGUCAAGAUGCGCGGGGGGCUGCUUCGCACCUACAUCAUCAGCAUCAUCUUCAAAUCUUUCUUUGAGGUCGUAUUCGUGCUCAUACAGUGGUACAUCUAUGGGUUCACCCUGCAUGCCAUCUACACGUGUGAGAGAUAUCCAUGCCCACACAAGGUGGAUUGCUUCCUCUCCCGACCUACAGAGAAAACCAUCUUCAUCAUCUUCAUGCUGGUGGUGUCUAUCGUCUCCCUUAGCUUGAACAUCAUUGAGAUUUUCUACGUCACCCUCAAGAGCAUCAAGGAUCGCAUGAAGACAAAAAACAACCCUUUCUCCCCAAACAGUGGCAUGAGCCCCUCCAAGGAAUGUGGAUCCCCAAAAUAUGCCUACUUCAAUGGCUGCUCCUCUCCAACUGCCCCCUUGUCACCCAUGUCUCCACCAGGAUACAAGCUUGUUACUGGAGACAGGAACAAUUCGUCCUCCUGCCGUAACUACAAUAAGCAAGCCAGCGAACAGAACUGGGCAAAUUACAGUGCUGAGCAGAACAGAAUCGGACAGGCUGGGAGCACCAUUUCGAAUUCACAUGCCCAGCCCUUUGAAUUCCCUGAUGAUCCCGAGAACACGAAAAAAAUGGGCUCUGGGCAUGAGCUACAACCUCUCAAGGUGGUAGACCAACGGCCUCCAAGCAGAGCUAGCAGUCGAGCCAGCAGCAGACCUCGACCUGAUGAUCUGGAGAUCUAACCCUCUGUAGCAACAGUAAUACUUAACACAACUAUGAUAUGAAAUGCAUUAGAAGAUGCACAUGUGGUGUUCAUCCAGUUCCAUUGGAGGUGGUACUUUAACAAUCUCAGCCUGGAGAUUUUAACAAACAAAAAACAUUGGGGGUUUUUUAAGUGGGAAGCUGGGGUGAUUUGGAGACAUACAGCACAUGUUGGUAUUUAAAGUAGUCAGUUUUUAAAAUUUUAAAUGCUAAUUUUAAUUUUUUUAAAAACUUAGUCAACAUUACAGUAGCUGGGUUUGGGUUUGUUUUGUUUUAGAAAAGGUUAUAAAAUGCCUGGAUAUUUGUGUGUAUAAUAUGCUGAUUUUUCUAAAGAGUUUUGUUUUUGUUAUACUAAAAACAAAAAGUUAAACCUGGGAAAAUUCUUUUGGUCAGGAUGAAAUGGAGACGGUAUUCUUUUAUUGAAUAACUGGCAGUCUUAAGUCAGAUUUUGAUCAUUUUCCUAUAAAGAACAUUCCAUUGUUAAUGUGCACUUUGAGGGAAAAUUUCCUUGUAUAAACUCGUCUGUGUCUAUACAUUCAGUCAUUUAAUUCCUUGGAACUAAUCCAUCAAUCAAUCAAUCUACAUUUCAGUUAAGGCCCACCCACUAUGCUUUGCCCAGUUGUUCCCAGGGCUUCAGACAGAACAAUCUAAUUGAAAGUAUAGGUUGGAAGCCCUGUUCUACACCAUCAUUGCUUGUUAUCUUACAAUUACAGGCACCUGCCACCGAUUCCCAGGUGUGAAAUGUAAAGCUGGACACUGAAGCCAUUUUUAUUUGUUUAAUUUGUGUUUGUUUAAUGCUGUCUGCUGUCAGCAAACCAAUUUAUGACAGAAUUCUAUUAAUCUAAAUGAGAUUUGAAUGGUGGAGAUGGAAUCCCAGCAACUAGAAUAUGGUUAAAAUUGAUGGGAACGCUUCCACUAAGUUCAACAGCAUAUAGAUUAGGUCUAUUCACUGCCCCACCAACCCUUUCCAGAGCCCUGAUAUGCACAUAUCUAGUUAAAUUACAACUGCUAUUUAAUGGAGAAAUACGUGCAUACAUUAGAACCCUUAUAUCUGUGUUUACUUCUGUGUUGUUUUUAAAGACAAGGGUGCCUGGAGUUGAUGAACUCUCAAACUAAUAUGCACACAAAAAUUCUUAAGCAUUUUGGGAUAUUAUGGGUCACUAUGAUGUUUACAUUAAAUGAUUUCAGCAGUGCAAACAAGUCAAAUCUUAGUUUUACCAAUCUUAAUAUUAUUCCCAUGUAUCCUGUAGUGGAUAAUUUACCAUUUUUUACAAAAUACGAAUACCAUCUUAAGAACCAAGCCCUGACAACCUUUGAAAAACUUCCACUUGCAUUCCAAAUAGAAGCAUUGCUUGAAUUGUGAGUAGAACACUGAAAGUUGCGUGCUUCAGAAGUUCUCAUUUAUUUUGCUUCAUAAAAGAAAUUAAGGAAGAAGAAACCUGCUAGGUUACUGAGUCCAUUUCUCUGACUUGUUUUAACUUAUGCUUGAAUAACAGAGAUGAUAGUACUGGGGGAGGGGAGGGGGAGGGGGGAGUGUUAGCCUGCCAAUAAUGUGAGAGACUUGGGUACAAUUUACACAUCCAUGUAAUUCACACAGUGACUGCAGUUAUCACAUGAUAGUUUAAGGUUACGCAUCAUUGAUGGAACAAAGGAAUGUGAAAGAAAGCACUUGAUAACUGCAACCUCAGUGGAUUGUGUGAAUGGACCCUUAUACAAACUGCUUUGAGCUGUACUAAUAAUAUGAUGCCUACAUCUGUUUUUUAUAGAAACAAGCAUAUCUUGCUUGUCAUUCACUUACAAAUCAGCUCAACUAUAACAUGGUUCGGUUCAAUUUUGAUAGUUCAUUCCUUCUCAGUGACAGCUUUGAUAUUUGCACAUAAUUUUUUUGGGGGGUGUAAGUGAGGCUGAAAGAGUACAAUUCUAAUUUAUUUGAAAUAUAUGCUAAGGAAAUAUAUCAGUUUUUAUUUUCUUUUUCAACCGCAGUGCCUUAUACUUCAACACAGUUCCACAAGGAACAUAGCCUUGGUUUCAUUGUGCACCAGUACAGAGUUUUGGGUUAAUGUGCUAGGUUUUACUAAGCUGUUUGACAUUCCAUGUUAAAACCAUUGCCGAGCUCAUUGAUUGCAUGUAUGCCGCCAUAGUUCAUCAAAUCACCUUGUCUGGAGAGCAAACCUUAGUCAAUAAAGUUUAAUUUAGUAUAAAUAAA